AUGCGAAGGAACUGUCCCAAUUGGACAGUACAGGGCAUCCAUGACUGGCACAUCUAUGAUUUUCAAAAAGGAUCACCCCCACCUGGAUUAAUCGAUUCCAUCGAUUCCCCUCCUGGGCGCCAGGAGACCUGGAUUCGGUGCAUGGAGGGACCCUGCGACUUCUGGCUCAGGCCCCAAGCAGCAAACAGUCAUCCCGUCAUCCGCAGCAAAACGCGUCGACACGCCAUGGCCUCUCGUGCGAUCCUCUCGUGCUUGGUCUUGGCCACGGCCAAGGAGCUCACCAAGGAGACCUGGGACGAGGCCGCGAGCGGCAAGACGGUCUUCGUCAAGUUCUUCGCACCGUGGUGCGGCCACUGCAAGAAGAUGAAGCCCGAUUGGGACAAGCUGAUGAUGGAGUACGAGGGUUCCUCCAAUGUUCUGAUCGCCGAUGUGGAUUGCGUUGGCAGUGGAAAGAGCAAGUGUGAGGAGGUGGGCGUUCGUGGCUAUCCCACCAUCAAAUACGGCGACCCCGAUGACCUCCAGGACUACAAGGGCGGUCGUUCCUUCAACGACCUCUCGACCUUCGCCAAGGGCUUGGGCCCGUCCUGUGGCCCCAGCACUCCCGAGUUGUGUGACGCAGCCAAGAAGAAGAUGUUAGACGAAUUCAUGGCCAUGGACAGUGCCAAGCGGGAAGCCAUGAUUAAGGAGAAGGAGGAUGAGAUGGAAAAGCUCGAGAGUGGCUUCAAGACCUUUGUGGAGGGCCUCCAAAAGCAAUACCAGGAGAGCAGCGACAAGAAGGAUGCGGACGUCGAGGCCAUCAAGAGCUCGGGUUUGGGGUUGCUCAAGGCAGUGCAGAACUAUGCCAAGAAGCAGAAAGACGAUCUGUAA